CUUGUAGUACGCGUGUUUUGUAGGGACCCAUUAGUGAAGCAGCGAAGCGGUUCUGUGUUGUUGGUGCGGAGUCAUCUCGGAACGAUGCUGGCCCGGGCAGCAUGCCUCCUGGCGCGCAGCGCCGAGCAGGCGCAGCUGCCUCAAAUAAUGGUCCGCACCUUCGCGGCUGCUGCUGCCGCUAAGACGGCUCCUAAGGCCGAGAUGAAGCUGCCGGUGGCUCCUCUCCAACUCAGCGGGACCUCGGGCGCGAUCGCGACGCUAGCAUGGCAGGUCGCUGCGAAGGAGAACGUGCUGGCUAAGGUGCAGGACGAGCUGUACCAGCUGGUGGAGGUCUUCAAGAGCCACCCCGAGAUCCGCCGCCUGGCCACGGACCCGUUCCUGCCUGACGCGUUCCGCCGCAAGGUGGUGCGCGAUAUGUUCGCCACCAAGGACGUGACCGAGGUCACCAAGCGCCUCGUUGAGGCGCUGGCCGAGGAGAACAGCCUGAGCGCCAUCGUGCAGGUGACGCUGGCGUACGAGGAGCUGAUGCUGGCGCACAAGAAGGAGGUGCACUGCACCGUGGUCACGGCGCAGCCCCUGGACGAUGCCGAGCGCGCCGUGUUCACCAAGCAGGCGCAGGCCUUCGUGGACCCCGGCUUCAAGCUGGUCAUGAAGGAGAAGGUGGACCGCAAGCUGCUGGGCGGCUUCGUUCUGGAGUUUGAGGACCGGCUGGUGGACAUGAGCCAGGCCAAGAAGCUGGAGGAGUUCAACAACCUGGUCACGAAGCUGGAGAACGACCUGAAGUAAGCGGCGGCGGAGCUGCUUCGGUAGGGAAGGUGCUGCAUACACACGUGGUGCUCUGCUCGGGGCGGCUUGCCUGCGGAGCAGGGGCCUUCUGCAACGUGGAGCCACCAGGAGAGGCGCCUGGCUGUGGUUCUUGUGCGCGUGCGCCUGAGGUGGCAGCGGCUUAUGUUACUAGCUAGGGGGUAGUUUGCCUGUCUGUUCUUUUGGGGCAUAGGAGAAAGCAAUGGUGUCGGAAUUAGCGUUAGGCUGGUCUGCACGAUGCUCCGCAGAUGGCGCAGGAAAUAGGGGGAGUAUGUGAGGGGUAAAUUAUAGACUGUUACCGGUAAUGACCAGUGGCUGGCUCUUCCUGUCGACUGCCGUCGCCGCGCCAAUCCCUUGCGUGACGGCACCCCAGCAUCGGCGCAAGGCGUGGUAACUGGUAAGGAGUUGUCAGCUGUCCAUCGAACCGAUAUGCAACAACAAAGCCCCCGGUCGGCUGGACAGCGACAGUUGGCUGGUGAGGGUGGGCUCCUGGGCUAUCAGAACUUGGUGUUGAUUUAGAGGGGAAAGGGUCUUCCCCUACCCCAUGCGUGUCAGCGCCAUGAGCG